GUCCAACCAAUGUUUUUGACUUGCUUUAGUGGCUGCGGCUCCCUAAUUAAUUGCAGCUAUCUGUCUCCUAUCGAUGUGUGUGUACAAGUGUGUUGUGUGUGCGCGUGUGUGUUUCCUCUCUUUCUCCCCAAAGCGAACAUGAAAUAGUUUGUUGGCUCUAUACUUUCUUUCCUCCCAUCGUCCCCCCGUCCGUCCUCCCCGUCCUGGUUCGCGGCGCAGAGCGGACACAUCGAAGCCCAGCGGCGCCCCGGUGAUGUUGGAUAUGGGAGAGCGCAAAGAGGCCAAAAUGAUCCCCAAAUCCUCCUUCAGCAUAAACAGUUUGGUGCCGGAGGCCGUGCAGAGCGACAACAACAACCAGCAGAGCCAGCUGCACCACCAGAGCCCGCACCAGAACCACCACCCGAACCACCACCACCACCACCUCCACCACCACCACCUCCUCCACCGGCCCGGCGGCGCGGACGAAGCCGAGCAGAAGCCUCCGAUCGCGGCCGCCGCGCCGCAGGACGCCAAAGCGGAUCCUAAAAGUGACUCGUCGAGCCAGGAGAGCUGCUCGGACGAGAAGGAGAAGCCGGAGGAGAAGAAGGAGGGGAAGGACGCGGACGGAGGCGCCGGCGGGAAGGACGGGGAGAAGAAGAGCGGCAAGUACGAAAAGCCCCCCUUCAGCUACAACGCGCUGAUCAUGAUGGCGAUCCGGCAGAGCCCCGAGAAGAGGCUCACCCUGAACGGCAUCUACGAGUUCAUCAUGAAGAACUUCCCGUACUACCGGGAGAACAAGCAGGGCUGGCAGAACUCCAUCCGCCACAACCUCAGCCUGAACAAGUGCUUCGUCAAGGUGCCGCGGCACUACGACGACCCGGGCAAAGGGAACUACUGGAUGCUGGACCCGAGCAGCGACGACGUCUUCAUCGGCGGCACCACCGGGAAGCUGCGGCGGCGCUCCACCACGUCCCGGGCCAAGCUGGCCUUCAAGCGGGGCGCCCGGCUGACCUCGGGGCUGACCUUCAUGGACCGCGCCGGCUCCCUGUACUGGCCCAUGUCCCCCUUCCUGUCCCUGCACCACCCGCGGGCCGGCGGCGCCCUGGGCUACAACGGCACGUCGUCGGGCUACCCGGGCCACCCCAUGUCCUACAGCACCAUGCUCACGCAGAACAUGAGCAACAGCCACCCGUCGUUCCCGUCCUCCAACGGGCUCAGCAUGGACCGGCUGGUCGGCGGGGAUCUCCCCUACGCGACGCACCACCUGACGGCGGCGGCCCUGGCGGCCUCGGCGGUGCCCUGCGGCCUCUCCGUGCCUUGCUCCGGGGCCACGUACUCCCUCAACCCGUGCUCGGUCAACCUGCUGUCGGGUCAGACCAGUUACUUUUUCCCCCACGUCCCGCACCCGUCCAUGACCACGCAGUCCGGCGGCGGCUCCCUGCAGGCCGCCCGGGCUUCGGCCUCCAAUUCCCCGCAGGCUCCGUCGUCCUCCUCGCUGCAGUGUGACUCUCUGAGGCCGGCCCUGUCCGGCUCUCUGCCGGCCUUCUCCUCGGGACUUUCCGGAGGUUUGUCUGACUAUUUUACGCAUCAAAACCAGGGUUCGACCUCCAACCCGCUUAUACACUAACACCCCGAGGCCCCCUGCCCCCCCACCCCCCACCGAGCGGGACGCAGGAACAUUUUACACUGGACAUUUACAGCGUGUAAAGAACAGAAAAAGAACAAUUGACAAAUUAUUAUAAACUACCUACUAUAGAAAAAAGAGGAGAGACUUCAACUGCAAAACAAAAAAAGAGCCGCAGAGAAACUGACAGAAAGCCGCGCUCAAGUUUCCAGGUAUUUUUUAAUAUUAUUCUGAUGAUGACGCUCUCUUCUUCAUCUUCUUCUUCUUCUUCUUCUUCUUCUUCUUCUUCUUCUCCUGCAGUCCCACUUGGUGUGUAAAUAAUGUCUGUUUCUAUGUCCGGUCUGUCUGUAGAAAACUGUCCGUCAGCGACGUGCAAUGUGACCGGAACCCGAGAGGCGGAUGUUUCUGUUGUUGUUGUUGUUGUUGUUGUCGGAGGAGCCAUUGCUCUCGAUAGAAUGUGUAUUUAAAAUAGUUUCAUCUAAUUCCGAGAUUAACCAGGUUUUGAUAUGACGGUGACGUCAGCCGCGUGGCUGCAGUAUUAUCAGGUCUCGCGCGGGCCAGAAGGACGCGCGCGGCGGGGAGGAUUUCUGUUUUUAUUUCUAAUUCAACUGUAAAAUGCGCGCGCACGUGCGCUAUUUCCUUUUCUUCAAAGCGUUUCCUCCUUCCUGCCCGCGUGCUUCUCACAGACCAAAGAACCGGUUCUCGGAGCCUCGCGCGGCGGCUUCUGCCGGUACCGGAGGAUCAAAGGCCUCGCGUGCACGUUUACGUUUAAAAUCACCGGAGAUGUGCACGGAGCCUCGCGUGCUCGUGCUCACGAGCCGGCUUCAGACGGGAUUCUGGUUCCGGAUCAGAGUCCCGGACCUGGACCGUCCCGGUUCGGCGGGUUAUUCCGCCUUCUGCCAGCGGACCCUCGCGCCUCCUCCUCCUCCUCCUCCUCCUCCUGCUAUUUUCAUUUGUUUCUUUGAUUGGUAAAAGAGAGAAAAUGUCUAUUUGUAAUUUGAAUUUGUUUCCUUCUUUUCCACAAAGAGGAAAACAGUGUAAAGAAGCCUCGUUAUCUAAUUACUACUUGGAAUGAUUGUCUUUCAUUGUCGUCUCUAAACAGAUUUUUCAUGGUUGUGAUACUAUUGUGGUCUUAUUCUUAUUCCCGUGUUUGUCGCUACAGAAGUUAAAAAAAGAGAAAAAAUGUUUUAAUCAUAAAAAAAUGAAAAAUAAAAGAUAGGUUACAUUCAUAACUAA